CUGUGGAGAGCUGAGGCGCCAUGCGUGGGGGCGGGGGGCUGCUGCUGUUCCUGCCGCUGCUGGCUGGUGGCCUGGGAGCCCAGGGCCGGAACCAGGAGGAGCGCCUGCUCGCAGACCUGAUGCGCAACUACAACCCCCACCUGCGGCCCGCCGAGGACGAGGCUGAUGUGGUCAAUGUCAGCCUGAAGCUCACCCUCACCAACCUCAUCUCCCUGAAUGAGCGUGAGGAGGCCCUCACCACCAACGUCUGGAUAGAGAUGCAAUGGUGUGACUACCGGCUGCGCUGGGACCCGCGAGACUACGAGGGCCUGUGGGUGCUUCGAGUGCCGUCCACCAUGGUGUGGCGGCCGGAUGUCGUGCUGGAGAACAACGUGGACGGCGUGUUCGAGGUGGCCCUCUACUGCAACGUUCUUGUGUCUCCCGACGGCUGCAUCUACUGGCUGCCGCCCGCCAUCUUCCGCUCCUCCUGUGCCAUCUCUGUCACCUACUUCCCCUUCGACUGGCAGAACUGCUCCCUCAUCUUCCAGUCCCAGACUUACAGCACCAACGAGAUCAAUUUACAGCUCAGCCAGGAGGACGGGCAGACCAUUGAGUGGAUUUUCAUUGACCCCGAGGCCUUCACAGAGAACGGGGAGUGGGCCAUCCGGCACCGGCCCGCCAAGAUGCUGCUGGACCCGGCGGCGCCAGCGGAGGAGGCGGGCCACCAGAAGGUGGGCUUCUAUCUGCUCAUCCAGCGCAAACCCCUCUUCUACGUCAUCAACAUCAUUGCCCCCUGCGUACUCAUCUCCUCCGUCGUCAUCCUCAUCUACUUCCUGCCUGCCAAGGCGGGUGGCCAGAAGUGUACUGUUGCCAUCAAUGUUCUCCUGGCCCAGACCAUCUUCCUCUUCCUGGUGGCUAAGAAGGUGCCCGAGACCUCCCAGGCUGUGCCACUCAUUAGCAAGUACCUGACUUUCCUCCUGGUGGUGACCAUCCUCAUUGUCGUCAACGCCGUGGUUGUCCUCAACGUGUCUUUGAGGUCCCCACACACACACUCCAUGGCCCAUGGGGUCCGCAAGGUGUUCCUGCGGCUCCUGCCCCAGCUGCUUGGGAUGCAUGUGCGCCCACUGGGCCCAGCGGGGGUGCAGGACACCCGGCCCCGCCUACAGAAUGGCUCCUUGGGGCAGUGGACAGCAGCCAGGGAGGAGGUGACUCCACACAUGCCUCACAGCGAGCUGCUCUUCCGGCAGCGGAAUGGGCUGGUGCAGGCCGCGCUGGAGCAGCUCGAGAAAGGCCCAGACCCAAGGCAGAGCCAGGAGUUCUGCGGUAGCCUGAAGCAGGCCGCCCCGGCCAUCCAGGCCUGCGUCGAAGCCUGCAAUCUCAUUGCCAGAGCCCACCACCAGCAGACUCACUUUGACAGUGGGAACAAGGAGUGGUUCCUGGUGGGCCGUGUGCUGGACCGUGUCUGCUUCCUGGCCAUGCUCUCCCUCUUUGCCUGUGGCACCGCUGGCAUCUUCCUCAUGGCCUACUACAACCAGGUGCCUGCCCUGCCGUUCCCUGGAGACCCCCGCCCCUACCUGCCCUCACCUGACUGAGCCAACCAACCACGGCUGGGCACAGGGGCAUCACGGUGCAGAAUCUCAGCAGCUGUGUUGUGUUCCGCUGAGGGCAUGAGUGUGCUCGU